GAAGUCUCAUAAUCCUCUAACUCUACUACGAAGGUGAAGCGAAGCCAAAGCAAUGGAGAGGAACCGCGUCAAAAUGCUCGUUUAAUGUUUGAAGAAAAGUAAGAUGCCCGGUUUAGUGUCAUGCCUUGGCGAUCUAAUAGUCACUGGAAUCAUCAUCCUCUUCUCUGACCACGUCAAAUCAGAGAUAUGGACCAAUGAAGUUUCAGACGUCCAGUUCGGUGGACUGGGCUCCAGGGUCACCCUCACAUGCGGAGGCUCACAUGGCGGGUCUCCGGUGGAAUGGCGGUUCAAUGGGAGCUCAGUACCGACGUGGCAAACACACGAGGGCUCGCUUGCACUACUCAACACCACACACUCAAUGGAAGGCAACUACAGCUGCCAUGAUGAACGAGGAACUUUACUGCAGUCCAUCAAACUACGCCUGGGACAUCCGCCUCAUUUCGUCAGUGUUUCUUGCCAGGUACCGAAUCUUAUGAAAAUCCACUGCUCCUGGGUAGAAACUAAGACAACACACCUGCCCACAAUCUACAGAACCUCCUACAGUGUUGUAUACAGUGGCCGAGGGGUCGAACCCUGCGAGCAGAAGCACAUUGGUGUGAACGAGUGCACCAUUACUGACCCACAGUUCUGGAGCAACUCGAAGGUCCUGGUAAACAUCACCCAAAUCAACCCGCUGGGAUCCAACUCCACCAUUGUCCAAAUAGAUGCUCAUGAACUCUUAAAACCGGAUCCUCCGGAGGAUGUUCGAGUUCUUCCUUUGGAAGGUCAGCCCACACAGUUAUUGGUCCACUGGAGUGGUCCUUCAUCCUGGCCGUCUGAUAGCAUGUUUCCCUUGACAUACCAACUGCACUACCGGCCGAUCGGCUCCAGCUUCUGGUCAACGCUGGAGACGGAGGAGAACACAAGUCUGAAGAUCAUGGAUGCUCUGGAGGGUCACUCUCAUCAGAUCCAGAUCCGAGCUCAGGACGCCCUGAUCAACCACAGCCAAUGGAGUGAGUGGAGCCAUGUGGUGGAGGCCCGGCCCUGGAUCGAGCCUUGGGAAGAGCCAACGGAGGAACCAGAUUUUAGCUAUCCAUUUGACAAUUUGUCAUCUCUUGUGAGGACAACAGGCAAGUCCCCAGAUUCAUUACACUCGAACGGAAGCCUCGGUCUGUUGGUUUUGCUGGGGCUGUUUGCAGGGGUCAUGGUGGCUGUGUUAUUAACUAUCAUCAUGCUUAUAUGGGUGAGGCAAAGGAAACAAGACAAUGUGAAGAAACAGGAACUGACUUACAUGGUGAAGAUGAAGUCCAUCCCGAUCUGAAAUUUGAGAAGUUGUCCGUCUCCAGGUCAGCCCUCAUAGGGCAUCAGUAUAGGGAACCACCACCACUGCCACCACAGCUGACAGACUCCGUUACCCACAAUACACCUCUCCUCUCAGCAGAGCUCUGAGGGACGUCAACUGUGAACAUGUACAGUCUACAAUGUAGCACAACGCAAUGGAAAAACACAAGGAUUUCUUUGUCUCUUUGCUUUCUUCUGCUGACGGUAAAUGAAAAACAUAUUUUUGUGUAAUUCCUUCUUCCCGAUAUUCUCCACUGGGGACGCAUGGAACGCUGUGAAAAGUCUUGGCUUUGUGCGCAGCAUACGGGGCAUUAUGGAGAAAGUGUCUUCGUCAGUGUUUCAGUCCUCAAACUCACUCGUCUGGCGAAAAAGACACUCUGUAUAACUUUAGACAGCUGCUAUCUUUGGAAGACAGAAACUCUUGGCACUCCAACGAUGGACGACACAAAGACGGCUUUGUCUUUUUUUUCUUGCGAAAUCUCUCCACAAGAAACGAAGUUAAUGACAGGUGGACGCAUCUGCAGUUGAUUGUUUUGGUCUGGUUAGCUUCCAGCCAGCCUCAAGUUCUCGGUAAUAACUCCCGUAAAAAUGCAUUUUCAUCACGAGUUCAUGUUUUGAAAGUUUACGCCAGUAACGAUUCAAAACUUUCGGUGAGCUGGUGUUCAACUCGCCCCAAAAAAUGCCCUUCAAUGCAACAAAUGCAUUCAAUUUCUCUGACUUUCCUUUAUAAAAGCAUUGAAUCGAGACAUGAAUGUAAAUCAGUCUUACGAUGUCACAUAUACACAUUUGUAAGGCUAUUAAAGCUGACUGUUUCUGUGGAAGCUAAUAGAUAUCCGCGAUAUUAAAUUCUAUAAAGUUAUAUUGUUUGUUAUACAUCUAUGCAGUUAUACUGUAUAAUAGUUUCCACACAGCAUACUGCUAUGUUGUACAUUGCUCUCCAGUGUCAUAAAGCUCAAUGCAUGCGUUUAUUUUGUAAUUCUUUUAAAAUGUAUGAUUUUAUUGAAUUAUAAGAUUUUAGCAUACAGUACGUAUCCUUCCUAUAACAAACAUAAUGAACAUUGUCCAAACAGAGUCAUAAAAUGGUUAUUGUGUUAUAUAUAAGU